GCAGCGCUAUGUCGGAAAGCGGAACUAAGGCCGAUGAAAACCAGAACUUGCAACGCGGGAGCCCGAAUCGCAGCACUACAUCCGAGAAUCGCGAGAGGCCGCAGCUCUCACGAGCUCUCGCGCAUCCCGCAGUCAGUCGGCGGAUCGGGGCAAGAGCAAUUUCGAGCGAUUCGAGCCUUCAAAUCAUCGGAGGAAUUCGGCAUGACCGAGCCGCCCAGGAACGCGUCGUUAUGAGGUCCAACUGACGAAUUCCAUCGACCCCGCGUCUUAGCCACAGGUUAGGUGUGCGCGUCCGCGUGUGUUUCAUCAUCGAAGAACAAGGCCGCCGUAUUUUCAAAGGGUCGCGAGCAAGACACACGUCGCAAGAUGAAGAUCGAGAGCAGACUGAUCCGCGAACUAAUUAACGAAUUCAUCGGAACUAUGAUCCUUGUGCUCAUCGGCGACUCCAUCCUGGCCAUCAUCAUCGCCGGGGACAACGAGCCACUGGCGCCCAUCGUGGGGCCCGUCGGAUGGGGAACGGCCAUCUUCGUUGCGGUUACCAUCGCGGGAGGUGUAAGCUCCCACCUGAACCCCGCAGUGACGCUGGCGCUGGCCUCGACCAAGAAAUUCCCGAUCAACAAGGUGCCGCUGUACUUCGCGGUGCAGUACUUGGGAGCCUUCGUCGGUGCCGCUCUCGUCUACCUGCUCUACCACGACCAGAUUGCUCACUUUGACGGUGGAGUCCGGCAAAUCACGGGAAAGCACGGCACGGCGCCGAUCUUCGCGACCUACCCUCGGGAGCAAAUCUCGACUUUAACCUGCUUCUUCGACCAGCUGGUGGGCACGGGCAUCCUGAUGCUGACGGCGGAGGCCAUCACGGACCCGAGGAACUUCGGCGGCAUGCCCAAGCACCUGCAUCCCUUGGCGCUCGGGUUCAUGAUCAUGGCUCUCAUCUUCGGAUUCUCGUACAACUGCAUGGCGCCGCUCAACCCGGCCCGAGACAUCGGCCCCAGGAUAUUCACCGCCAUCGCCGGAUGGGGCACCGAAGUCUUCACAUACCGGAACUGGAACUACAUUUGGGUGCCCAUCUUUGGACCGCACAUCGGAGCCAUCAUCGGCGCCUGGAUCUACAAGGUCGGCAUCGGAGACAACUUUCCCGACGAUGAGCCCAAGCUGAAUGGAGAUCUUGAACGAGGCAAGGUGGUCGAGCUUCAAGAGGCAGCCUACAGACCCAUCGAUGACAAGCUGAAUUUAGAAGCUCACACGAACGAAGCUCUAAAACUUUGAUCCUCUCAAACUAAUUUUAUUUUCCUGUUUGUUGGAGUUGUCGUUAUACGGGGGUUCCCAAGGUGUGCCACGUAAGACUGAGUUUAGACGCUUGUAAGAUUAUUCUUGUAGAACCUUUCACAAUUUAGCCCUCUUCGAGAUCUAAGGACACUGCAGGGUAUAGUGCUCAAAAGACGCCAUUGAGCUCACUUUAAAGUAAAAUACCCUAUUCAGGGUGUUUUACCAUAAUUAAAAAAAAAAAAGAAGCUUGAGUUAGGUGUUUUUUUUUUUAUCCCUAGGGCUAGGUUAGUGGCCAUGGAAGCCAUUAGAUAAUAAUCGAAACUGGAUAAGUGGUAAGCUAGUUAACUGAAACGAUUUAAUUCACUUUUUUAAAAUGUUUUUAUUGAUAAAAUGUAGUCGGAGGAUUAAAGCUAGACAUACCGUGGAGCCGUGUCGUAAAAUUUUUAAUAAAAUAUUUGUAGUGGGCGCCAAGGGCCAAGAAAUGUUAACCUUGUACAUGGCGUCAAACCGAAACUAAGUCGGCAAAGAGCGUUAGUGACGUCGAUUUCUCCGCUUUAGGCAUUCUUCACGCAGCUGACGUCAAAUGCGGCGCUAAAAAAAAUCACGCGUUUUCCUUAAAAAAAAAGCAAAAAAUCUGGCUUCACUAUAAAAAAAAAAAAAAAAGACACCCUGAUACAUAAAGUUCUCAGCGAAUUUAUUUGGUUAUAUGUAUAAGGGCAUGUUCCCCGGUGUUGGUUAUAUCGCCAUCUUGCAGUGUUCUCGAAGCUAUGAGGAGGAGUCGCUCACUUUUGGAAGGUUUCUAUGUCGAAUAAGCUACGGAUGGUCGUACUGUAAGCUCCGGAUGCUAUAACUUAUUUUUGCGUUUUUCUCGAGAUGGACAACUGAAAAGUGCCUGUGUCUAGUCGACUUCGAACGAGCAAUGUUUAAUGUGCAAUAUUUACACCCGCAUACAAAUGUGUACUUGUACCUUCACAUCCGAAUUUCCCCGCGCUCGUUCUUGUUUUUUAAUAAACUGUUGUAGCGUCUUCUGCUGCUGGAAAAUGUUUCUGCAUGUUCGAGGUAUCCACAAAGCCAAUAAUUUUUUAUACUUGGAUUUGUUUAAAGUUUAAGUGCAAAUAAAUACUUAAUUUGCGUACAUUUGGCUCUUAAUUGUGUGUAAGCAAUAUGCAAAAUAAGUUAAAAUAAAAGCUAUAGAAAUGUUGA